AUGAAUCGGAAAUUGGUAAACGAUAGUAGUGAUGACAAUGAUCAUACAUCAUCAUCGUCAUCGUCAUCGUCAUCACCAUCAACAACAGAAGCAGAUAGUAUUAGAAUGUGCAUAGAAAAGUCUAAUAAGAGGAGUAGGAGGCGGCGGUAUUGGCGCUUGACAUUGUUGUUCUCAGCAUUGCUGUUGGGUGUGCUGAUAUACUUCCAGCCCAAUGUUAUAGUUCGAGCCAUAUCCAAUCACUUUCAAGGCGAGGUCGUGUUCUAUGUGGACGGUCGCGACGAGGUGGCACGACGCAAGUUGGUCACGCUCACUAUAGACGACGCACCAUCACCCGACACCAUGGACAUUCUCGAUAUUCUAGCCGAGUACGACGUCAAGGCCACAUUCUUCCUGAUUGGAAAGCAUGUGAUGCGCAAGCGUAGCAACCAGAACAUCCUGGACAGGAUGCUGGAUCAAGGCCAUGAGCUUGGCAAUCACAUGUGGCAAGACGAGCCAUCCAUCACUCUCGAGUCCAAAGAGUUUGAGCGACAGCUAAUACAUGUCGACCAAAUAAUCAACAGGACAUAUACUCGUUAUUAUGAACGAUACAAUCAAUCAAUAUCAUCAACAUCAACAUCAACAUCAACGACAUCAUCACAACAACAUCAAGACAAUGACAACAACAAUAAUAUAUUAUAUACACAAGGUAACUCAUUCAAUGUGAGAAGGAGGAAGCUAUUUAGACCUGGAUCAGGGUUCUUCAAUCGACAUAUGUUGGACACUAUUGGAAAGCAUGGAUAUCAACUGUGUCUGGGCAAUGUGUAUCCGCAUGACCCAUUCAUCCGCCUGCCAUCGGUGAACUCGUGGUACGUGACGGCUACCAUCUCGCCGGGCUCCGUAAUCAUUCUUCACGACCGCACCUAUACAAUGCCUGCGCUACGCACCAUGCUUCCACAGCUAAUUGCCGAGGGCUACCAGUUCGUCACUCUUUCACAACUGCUAGACAUUGAUGAGCAGAUCGAGAAGCGACAGCAACAGCAACAACAUCAACAUCAUCAUCGGACAAGCGAAUAA